AUGCGCUGCACAAUGUCUUCGCCCCUUUUCCGACUCACUCGACUAAGCGUUGUCAUAACCAUUGCUUUUUUCCGGAAUGUACAUGCCGAAGAGGAGGAUGAUUACUAUCGAGUUCUUGGGCUUGAUGCGGAGCACGAAGACGUGAGUGAGCGUGAUAUCAAAUCAGCAUGGCGUAAACUCUCAAAGAAGCACCACCCUGACGUGGCGGGGGAAUCGCAGCGCGUCAUGUACCAACGUAUUCAGCGCGCGUACGAAGUGCUUGGAGACCGCAGGAGGCGAAAGAUAUAUGAUAUACUUGGUACCGAGGGGUUGAAGAAGUAUGAAAAACCCCAAGAACAGGGAAGACAUCAGAGCAUCUUUGAUACAUUUUUCUCCUUUAUUGGCGGAGAAUCAGGUGGUAACGCAGACCGUGGGUCCGAUGAAGAGUUGAUGUUGCUUGUGACCCUUGAAGACAUGUAUAAGGGUGCCGCCCACACCGCUAAGUUACCGCGCAUAAAAAUAUGUCGCAAAUGCCGUGGCACAGGAGCACGAAGCAAAGACGACUACGUUAAGUGUCCCCACUGCGGGGGCGGUGGGCGCGUUGUUCGGAGAGUCCAAAUUGCACCGGGAUUCAUACAACAAAUUGAACAGGUAUGUGGGCAGUGUGGUGGUGGUGGCCGCGUUGUUAGGAGAAAGUGCCCCGUCUGUGGUGGGCAUCGGCUAGUUCGCGGCAGCUCCUCAGUGAGCAUUGAUAUUGAGCAAGGCACGCCCAAUGGGUACAAAAUGACGUAUGAAAUGGAGGCUGACCAGCAACCAAAUAAAAUGCCAGGUGACCUUAUUUUUACAAUAGUAACCAUUCCACAUCCUGAGUUUGCGCGCAUGAGCAGCGGCAAGGAGGGCGUUCCCGACGACCUUUCAACGGCAGUGGAACUCACGCUUAAAGAGGCCUUGUUGGGAUUUAACAAAACACUGAAGCACCUUGAUGGUCGCGUGUUGUCGUUGGUAGAGACGGGUGUCACCAAGUUUGGACAAAUCCGCAAAUAUGCGGGUGAAGGGAUGCCACGCCAUCAUGUGCCGUCGGAGCGGGGGAAUCUUCUGGUGCUGUACACGGUGGAGCUCCCAAAGAUUCUUACGGAGGAACAGAGAAAGGCUAUUGAAAGGGCACUCGACUGA